AAUCUUUUGGUAUAAAUGUUUUAUAGUAUUGCCAUGACACGUUCUGUAGUUCUGAACAUUCACAUUCGCCUAUCAUAUGACACAGAAUGUGUGACAAAUAGAAGAUCCUUUAUUAUUUUUGUAUAUGCUAACGCAUAGGUGUUAGGGCUACCGUUAAACAAUAUCUAGUCUUCAACCGUUUUCAAAACCGAUAGGCUCGCAGAAAUCGUUGGAGCGUCUCAGUCGAGCGCAAACACGACCGGUUAGUCGUAGUGUAAAUGGGAGUGUCCGAAAGUGAAAGGGAGAAACAGAAAAGAUGAGCUCUGCCUCUGUGGAUGCAACCCGAGCAGACGGAGCAAUAGACUAUUAUUGUCGUCAACACAUUUAGCCACCGCAUAGGAUAUGUCGACAGGCAGCUAUUAUUUGUCCUUUGCAUAUGCAUUUUUUUGUAUCGAUUUGUGUUAGUGAUUACAUUGUCCGGUUUAAAUUCUAACGCUUUAUUUUAGCAUGAGUCCGGGAGAACGGUUAACCCGAUUUCAUCUGAGUUCUGUAUAUUCCCGUCUGAGUCUGUAUUUGAUUGUCGUUAUAUGCUGUAUUGGGUCUUUUGUAUCCGACCAAAACGCUGCUGCCGAGGAGCAGAGAUGGAGCCCUCAGGAGAACAACCACAGGAUAGAACACCUAGAGAGCUAUGAGAUUACAUAUCCACACUGGCUGCAGCCUGCAAGACACAGGAGGUCCGUCCAUGGAGAGAAGCACCCGCCUGAGGCAGAGGUCCUCAUCACAGCUGAGGGAGAGGAGAUGACCCUCCGUCUGCACAAGAAUGAGCAGUUAUUGGCCCCCGGAUAUCAGGAGAUAUGGUACGGUCCCAGCGGUUACCGCCAGACCUCCUAUCCACCCAGCACUGGCCACUGUUUCUACCACGGUGAUGUCCGGGGUGUGGAGGGGUCCAGUGUAGCACUCAGCACCUGCUCAGGUCUCAGGGGACUGGUUACGGUGAACACCAGUGUCAGCUACCUGAUAGAACCCCUGCCCUCUAUCACCAUGGAUACACAGCCUCCUCACGCCGUGUUCCGAGCCGAGAACCUCCGUUUGCCCAACGGAACCUGCGGGCAACGCCAUAGCAACCAAGGCCAGGCGGAGGGGCUGGGUGACCUCAUCCAGGGAAUGAUGUCACCGUGGGGCAGAAGGGAGCGGAGAGACGUGGGCCAGAGUAUGAAGUAUGUAGAGCUGCUGCUGGUAGCUGACCAUGCUGAGUUUCAGAAGCACGGCGGGGACUUAAAAAGGACGAAAAGGAAACUGCUGGAGGCGGCUAACUACGUAGACAAGUACUACAAGUCUCUAAGUAUUCGUGUGGCAGUGAUCGGUCUGGAGGUGUGGUCUGAUCAGGACAGGAUCAGUGUGUCUGGUAACCCCUACAGUACCCUGGGAGCGUUCCUGGCUUGGAGACGCAAACAGCUACACACACUACCUAACGACAACGCUCAACUCAUCACGGGCGUGGCGUUUCAGGGCACCACCAUUGGGCUGGCCCCUCUCAGAGCCAUGUGCUCAGAGUACCAGUCAGGGGGAGUCAACUCAGACCACUCUGACAGUGCUGUGGGCGUGGCAGCGACCAUGGCCCACGAGAUGGGGCAUAACUUUGGCAUGAGCCAUGACAGCCCUGGGUGCUGCCAGGCCAAGGCUGAUGAUGGAGGCUGCAUCAUGGCUGCUGCCACUGGCCACCCAUUCCCACGUGUGUUUAAUGGCUGUAACCACCGGGAGCUGAGCAGGUAUCUGAGCUCUGGAGGGGGGAAGUGUCUGUUCAACCUCCCCAACACCAGAGCCAUGCACGGGGGGCAGCGCUGUGGGAACGGGUACCUGGAGGAUGGAGAGGAGUGUGACUGUGGAGAUGAGGAGGAGUGUUCCAGUCCCUGCUGUAAUGCCAACAACUGUACUCUGAAGGCUGGAGCAGAGUGUUCCCACGGAGUCUGCUGUCACAACUGUAAGUUGAAGAGUCCAGGUGUGUUGUGUCGUACUCCAUCCGGGUCAUGUGACCUUCCUGAGUACUGUGAUGGGAAAGUGGAGUCUUGUCCUUCGAACUUAUACCUGGUGGAUGGUACUUCCUGUGCAGGGGGGCAGGCCUACUGCUACACCGGCAUGUGUCUCACCCUGGAGCAGCAGUGUCAAUCACUCUGGGGGCGGGAUGGCCGUGCUGCUCCAGACCUGUGCUUUCAGAAGGUGAACGAGGCAGGAGACUCCUUUGGGAACUGUGGCAAAGACCUGCUGGGUAAAUACAGAGGAUGCAGAGACAGGGAUGCUAGAUGUGGUAAGAUCCAGUGUGUGAGUUCAGCCUCCAAGCCCCUGGAGACUAACGCUGUUCCCAUCGACACCACGGUCCGGGUGGGUAAUGGGAAGAUCCUCUGUAGGGGGACACACGUUUACCGACCAGGCCAGGGGGACGAGGAACAGGGGGACACACUGGACCCGGGACUGGUCAUGACUGGGACCAAGUGUGAAGAGGACUCAAUCUGUUUCGGAGGAGAGUGCCGCAACGCGUCUUUCCUGAGAGCGGAUGAGUGCAAUGCCAAGUGCCACGGCCAUGGGCUGUGUAACAACAAUCACCACUGCCAUUGUGACUCAGGCUGGGCCCCUCCCCUGUGUGACCAGGAGGGGACAGGAGGGAGUGUCGACAGUGGCCCUGUCAUUAACCACAGCAGUAUACGUCCUGUCCUGUUGCUCCUCCCCUUGGUUCUCUUUGUCCUAUUGGCUGCUGUGGGACUGUGGUGCUGCUACAGCCAUAAACUACAUAAAAACAUUCCUCUGAAGACCUCGGUCCCACCACCCAAGACAAGUUGUCCAGUCAGAUGUUCAGUCCCUGCUGAAGCCAAACAUCUACAAGCCAACAGUCUAGCCAAUGGUCACCUUGCCAACAGUCUUGCCAACAGCCAUGGCAACCCUACCUUCCUACUGAUGAGACAUGGCUCAGACAGGCUGAGUCCGUCCACACCUUGUCCCAGCCUCUCCACCAGGCACCCUGUCUUCUGUCCCACAGUUCAACCCACUCCUUACAUAGCCCAGCAGAGACAGGCUCUAUCCCAGUCCCAUCCCCAAUCCUCCCUCCAGCCCCAUUCCCAACCAUCUCUCCCGUCCCAGCCCCAACCCUCUCUCCAGCCUCUGCCUCAGCCCAAGCAUAAACCUCCUCCCAUCCCCAGCCACCAAGCCCAGCAGAAAGGACCCCUACAGGCCAUUCCUCCAGCCAUCAAGCCCCCCAGCCCCCAGUCCUCCCCCUCAACACCUCACACACACAGACCUGACCCUCCCAACAGACCCCCACCCCCCUGCCCGCUCUCCAAACCCCAAAUAUCAUCAGAUGUGUUACAGAGAGGAAAGUCCAAUCUGGCGCCACCUGGUGGAAAGAAGAAACCCAGCAGAUCCCAAAACAUGAUCUCAGGGAGGAGAUGAGGACCAACACUGGAACCCUGAGCUCAGUGAGAUUACUGAACAUCUCACUGGGUAUCUCUUCUCUCUCUGUGAGCUGGAUGUUUUUCCACCUGUGUCCAAAGAAGACCAUCAGCCUUUAUGAAGAACAUGACACUGUGGGAAAAGAGAGAGGAGGGCCACAGCUGGACACACAAGGUCUCAGUCUAAAAUGGCAACCUAAAAGUACUACACUAUAUAGGGAAUAUGGUUCCAUUUAAGAUCUGUCCAGGGAAGCCUCCUCUGUUGGUCCAUCUCAGUGUUUGUAUUUCAUUCUAACAACAAAGACAAAGGAGUUGCCUGAUGAAGAAACAUCUCUGGCUACUAGGCUAGAUGCCAGGCUAUGUCUUGCCUUACCUCUUGAAACCAGGUGUCCUGUAUACUUGUAAUAUUUAAGACUGGACUUUAUCGACUCAUUUAGUUCUUGUGGAUGCUACCUUAUACCAUGGGUUAACAGUAUCAUGUAUUGAUAUGCUGUUUCAGGUGUAUUUAUUUGCAAAGCUUCAGAGCAAAGAAACUGGUGUUUAAAGUCAAUGUACUGUAUAUGGUUUCUACAGGAGCAUGAGUCUGAAGCGAAUGUCUUAUAUUACGACAACGCCACACACAGAAUGAUGCUUAAUGCUUCUAGUAUGUGAAUAAACGAUAGGCUGGCCUAAGACGAGGGACAUCUCAAACGUUGCAGUAACUAUUAGAAAAGUAUAUAUUGUUUUGGUAAGACUGUGUUUUUUAAAAAUGUUUUGUAUAUUGUACUGUUCUUGUUGUGUUGGGUGCUAAAUUCAGGUCUUCUGACUGACUGAAUGAAUGUAUAUUUGUACACCUUGAAGGUUAAUUGUUCCUGUAUAACUACCUACAAGUAUGUUAUCUUUUGAAAUGUGAUGCAUAGGACAGCAGAAUCAACCCAGUUAUAGUCAAGCCCCUAAAAUCUAUGUAUAUAAAAUAAUCAGAUUUUCUUUUGAUUUAUCGUUGAAAUUCACCAUCUACCAUCGGACCUAUGCAAACAGUGUGCCUUCAGUUUGGUUUUAAAUAAACUGUUUCAAAACAG